UCAGUUUAUGCAAUGAGCUAAUCUGCCUGAAGAUACCAUUCUGGCUGGAGCGGCUGCCUGCAUGUGACUUGGUGCAAAAAGCUGCAAGUGAUAGAAAGCACAGCUCCAAACCUCUCCGCUUUUGACUUACUUGGUGACCCGGUACAACUCUCACUUGGAAAAUCAUCACAAAUGAAGAACCUAAUAAAUGUGGGCUUUUCAUAUGAGCCCAACAUUGUCAGUUAUGCUAUUACCAAGCUUCCUUCGAUUCUGCCACAUCUUAAAACUCUUACCAUAUCUUCGACUAGUGAGGAUGCUUCUCUCUUGGAGAUUUUCAUCUUGAGUAUUAAACAUCUGGAUGAUAUGAAGCAUGAUUCGGUUUUUGGGGAUGCCUCACACAUGAGGCAGAUUUCUGAACACAAGCAUGACAGGCUCAAGAAGGUGCAGAUCAAUGGCUUCUGCUCUGCAAAGAGAAUGGUUGGGCUAACAUGUCAUAUUCUCGAGAAUGCAACAUCACUUGAAAGUCCUACAGUGGACACCGUAUAUAAUGCGAAGGCGGAUGCUAAUAUUAGUAGGUGUUCUGUUGAAAAAGCCAGUGAAUGCAGGCCCAUACGCAGGGAUAGGAUCUUGGAAACGCAUAAAACGCUCCAGGUCGUCAAAAGGUACAUUCUGGGAAGAGUUCUCUCUGCAGUUAAAGUUAAAUGUUGGGGAGCCUUGCAGCCGGUGCCAUGCUGUAUAUGUCAAAUUACCGUAAUUAUCCAAUAUUUAACUAUGCGAUGUCGCGUCCUUCUAAGCCAAUCUCUGCGGCGCUACGUGAGCAGCGGCCGGCGCGGGGUGCAGCCGCCGCCGCCGCGGAACCACCAGUACUCCUCCCUCCGAGGUGGCGUGCGGCAGGGGACGCACGAGGAAGAAGACGUGCACCACAUCUCCUACAUUUAG